AUGCAAGUAAGAGAGAUCUGGUUGUGUGCUGUAGACAAGCAAACUGAUGUGAGCAGAAAGCGACGGGUCAAGUGUGACGAGACCAGGCCCAACUGCGAGAGAUGUUCCUCCACAGGUCGCAAGUGCGAUGGCUACGGGUCCAGUCCGCGUUCCUUUGACCGUGCUCACCCACAGCUGCCGUUGCUUUCACUUACGCGCCUCAAUCAUGCAGCGACAGAACGUGAAGUCCGGUCGCUCCAAUUCUUCUACGAGAAGACGGUUCCUUCCUUAGCAGGGUACUGUGGUUCGGAGUUUUGGGGCCGCCUCGUAAUGCAGGUGAGCCAGCACGAAAUACCGGUUUGGCAUGCGCUGGUCGCAUUGGGCGCGCUGCACGAGAAUUUCGAAAAGAUGCCCGGUUUCGGACUCGUCCGGGCCGGAUAUGACACUUUUGCCUUGCAGGAAUAUCUCAAGGCAAUACGGGCCCUUUUAGGGCCAGCGGAUUCGCUGCUUCCGGCUUCUAGUAACUACGCUGCUCCUCCAGGGGGGCUAACCGUGGACGUCUGCUUGAUUUCAUGCAUUUUAUUUGUUUGCUUCGAGAUCUUGUCCAGUCACUAUAUUGCGGCACUCAGCCAUAUCCAAAGCGGGAUGAAUAUCCUUGGAGAGGUGUCCUACGAUCCGAGCACCGGGUCAUAUCAUCACCCUGUUCUCAGGCCGUCGACGGUGUCAGCCCUUGAGAUGGGGAACUUGCGGAGAAUUUUCAUCCGCCUCCGUAGCCAGACUCGUACCGGCAUGGAUCAGCCUUUGAUGGAUGCAGUGCCGUCGGAGGGUAUCUUUCCGCUUGAAGUACCGGAGUGUUUUUCCUCCCUUGCAGAGGCGCGUGACUUGUUCGAAUACUACAGCUAUGUAUUCCGACAUGAAUACGGCAAGAUGGGUGGCAUGGAAGCCACGUCACCUGAGCUUGGUGCAGCAUUUAUCCAGACCUGUAUCUCGCUCUUUCAGAAGUGGUCCGGGGCUUUGGACCAGUUCGAGAAGAUACGCGGUCCGUCUUUGACCACCAAGGAGCACAUCGGCUUGAAGAUCCUACAGAUGCAUCGGUGCAGACAAGCCGUGGCUUUUCAAUAUCACAUGUCAGGAACGACAGACCUGAGUGGCUGGGACAUGUAUAACCCAAUGUUCCAGGAGAUCGUCUCCUUGGCAGCCUCUGUCGUCGAGCUUUCGGGUGAGGAUGGCCCUCCGUCUACUCCGCAACCAAAUCCAUCAAGCCAGGGAAGGUAUAAGCCUAGCUUCACUCUUGACAUGGGGAUAAUCGACCCGCUUUAUGAUGUGGCCACGCUCUGUCGUGAUCCGCUCAUCCGUCGCAAGGCGGUGGAUGUCUUGCGCUCGGCCACGCGUCAGGAAGGUAUCUUCAAUAGCUACGUGUGUGCGGUCGCUGCCGAGAGGGUCAUUUCUCUAGAGGAGGGCGUAGCUUUAGAUACCAGUAUGGAGAGUCAUGGGGGGUUCUCUGCAUCGCCUAUUCUUGGACAUCGGCCCCGGUACAUCAGCAGAUGUUCCGAGGUACCUGACAACGCACGUCUGUUGUAUGCAUAUCCAAAACUUGAUGUUGUCCAUGGGAGGGGGUUUUUGAAGGUUGAAAGGGGUGAGGGUAUGGAGAUGGAUAUUCCAUUACCAGCCAUGGCAGCAAUGCUGGAUGCGGAAAAUUGA